AUGACCAUGCGACAGGAAAAGCAUCGCGCCCCAGUGAUCCUCCGAUCCUCCGAAGACUGGCCCAAAUGGAGCAGCCGCAUCCAAAGCAUCGCGGAGCUCCACGCCGUCUGGCAAUACUGCAACCCCAGCACCAGAAAGAAAGACCUACCCGUCGACGAAGAGCCCAUCAAACCAACCGUGAAAUCCGUGCGACCCUCCGCAACAGGGCUCAUCGAUCUCUCCACCGACGACUUCACCGUGCUGGCCUCACUAGUCUCGGCCUACAAAGCCACGCUAGCCGCACAGCGCAGCACGCAGUGGGCACUGCAGUCAAUGCAAGAUCUCAUCCGUGACUCCGUCGCAUGCGAACACCAGCACUACAUCGCCGACGCCGGAUCCGCGUGGGAGCAGAUGGUUGCGUUGGCAGCGGCAUUUCAGCCGCCGUCACUGCAGCAGCUGCAGGACGACUGGGACCAUCUGCACGUGGUGGGGAGCGUGUCGUCGAUCCAGACGUAUUUGGGGCUGUGGCAGGCGCUGUUUGCGAAGUGUCGCCGGCUUGAUCUUGUUAAUACCAGCCAGGCUGAGGCGCUGUUUGAGUCAUUGGCCGUGUGGCAGGAUCCGGAUUCGCAGUAA